CACCUGUGUAAGGUGCAAAAACUGGUGUCUUGUCCUUUGUCCUUUUGCAGUUCGCAAGUAGAGGUGUGAGAGGCAAAGGUGUGGCUUUUUGGAGAUGAAUCUAUAUAGCAGCUUUGGAAACCUCAUGGAGGCUUGGGUAAACAAAGAUAGAACUUGUACUGGAUCCGAGUGGAUUGGAAAUAAUGCAGAAGACUCUCCAACAUCUUCUGACAUGAGCACAAACCCAUGUUCAGAAUCCGUGGACUCUGGAGUUGAGACAGCCAGCUGUGACACACCAUGUGCUGCUACAUCCUGCUCCGUCUCAACAAAUAAUGCAGAGGUGGAUCUGAUUACGGAACCAAAUGAAGAACUCACUCCAGGAUUAACAUCCCAGUCUCCCUUCCCGUCCUUUUCUGUGACAUCCUCCUCUUCCUCUUCUUCCCCUCGACUGUGUGCCAGCAGAGCUGAAGAAGUCUCCGUCGACUUGCAUCUAAAAGUAGUAAAAGCACUACAAAGGGUGAACUCUAGACGUUUAAAGCGUGAAGAUGAGCUGCACAGCCGACCGCCUCAAGCAUCUUUUCCAUCUAAACAGCACACACCAAAGUCAGAGAGACGUCAGAGGUCAGAAAGUUUGGGGCCAAGAAGACGGGUCGCCAAGCAGAUGUCAGAAACGCAUAGACGUCCACUUUCCGUAGGCUGUUACAUAAAGGGAUCAGAGGACCUUUGUGUGCGGGAGAAGAAGGAACUGAGUCCUGGGCUCUGCUACUUGGAACAGGUAUGUCAAAUGCUGGAGGAAAUAGCAAGACAGAUGCACAACCCAGAGCUGGAACAUCAAGACACACAGGCUCCUGAGACGUGUGAGAGUAAAUCCCCAGACGCUGACAAGGAGGAAACUACUUGUCAAUGGCUUGAAAAUUCAGAGAAUGCAGAAAGCAUUUCUAAUGAGCCUCAGCAGCGGAAAUACGGACAUUUUCGGCAGAGAUCUGUCUCAGACACAACUAUUGCAACAAUGCAUUUAAGAAAGAAAAAUGCUAACUGCAGAGGGCAGCAACUGAGCACACAUGACCAACUAGAUACGAUAGAGGAGGACUGUAAAAAGCAGGACUUAACAAAGGAUUCGCUGAAAAAAACAAAAAAAUCCUGGAAGCUAAAAUUUGGGUCUUUGAGAAGGGAGGAGUCUGCUCUGUCAGACACAAAAGGCCAACAGAUGCACUCAUCCGAGAGAAACUCAACCCGCCGACGGUUCAGCCAGCUGUUGAGGGGAAGGAGGAAAACUCAGCCUGUAUAAAUGUGCCGCAGUGUCUCUCUAUAUGUUCGGACAUGUUAUUUUUUGAAGAGAAGAAAAGCACUGCCUUCAAAAUGUCUUCCUAAAGUCUCAUAUGCAGUAACUUCUAUCCAUUAAUCCCAGCUGCUCUCAGGCGAGAGGCAGGGUACACCCUGGACAAGAUCUUCAGAUGUUUACUGGGCCAACAUGAGCGAAACAAGCAACCACCAUAACAGUGGUUGACAUUUGAACAUGUUAAUUUGUUGCCUUGUCAUUGAGUGCAAUUCAAGGCAGUGGAAAGCUCAGCUGGGUCUUCAUGUGUAGCUAUUUUUCACAAAGCUGUAGAUCUGUAAAUAAUACUGGAAAUAAUGUAAAAAUAAGUUAUCAUAAUUUUUCACCAAUUUGUUUCAAUGAAAUUCUGCAACAGAAACAAAAGCAUGACGUUGAUAUUGUUCUGUGUGUGUUUUCUAAUGCAGUUGUCCUUAAUAUGAAUAUUUUGAUAUUAUACAGCAUCACUUUCAUGCAUAAGGAUAGUAAUCUAUAAUAUAUUUUAGUCAUUUUAUUUAUAAUAUGAAAUUAAGAUAAUUUUCUUGAUUCUUUUUUGUGUUUCAAAUUAAGACAACAUAAAACAAAUACACAUACAAUGUGCAGAAAGGCUGGAAUAAUUGGCUUUCUUGUUUGUUUGGGGUUUUUUUGUAAAAAGAAUUUGAGCAACUGUAUUACUAUUACUUUUUGUAUUACUAAUUGCCUUAAAUGAAACAACCUCAGGGGUAUACAGUGUUACUAUUUCCUCAAUCAUGCCUUUCAAAAUCAAUCAAAACAUUAAACAUGACUAAAUUUGAUGAUGCCAGUACUGGAUCUUGGAAAUAUUGUUUACCUUCAACACCAUCAGUACUGAUAAUCUAUCUAUAAUCUAUCUAUAAUCUAUAGGCUGUUUUUGAAAGAUGGACAUAGAUAUGAGGUUCUGAAACAUAAAACCAUUGCAGAAGUAUAAUGUAGUUUAAUACUGCAGAGGAUUGCUUUGCAAACUUUCAUGAAAUGCUAAUUUAACUAUUUCUCUUUAUUCCUGCAGUGGUGGCUGGUAUUAUUCCUAAAAAUAGAUGUAUUUUGUCCAGUCAGGUGUUACAUUUCUAUCAUCUUGUCUAAAUGUUCUCACGUCAGCUUCCAACAAUGACUGUACUUAGUGCAUCAAAACAGUAGUCCUUUCAAUCAUUAAUUUGAAACAAUGAGUGGCUUUGUUACCUCCGCCGAGGAGGAGGUUAUGCUUUUGACGGCAUACGUCUGUCUGUCUGUUAUUAACGUAACUCAAAAAGUGAUAGACUGAUUUUGAUUAAAUUUUCAGGUAAUCUCUGAAAUGCAAUAAGCAGUGGUGGACAGUAACCGUAUAGUACUUUAUAGUAUAGUACUUGUGACAUUUGACUUCCUGGAAGCCAAAUAUUACAAGUAAAACAAGUGACCAGCUCAAUGAAAACAAGCCCAAAAGUAGCAACUUUGCAUUAUUUUGCUGCAGACAUUGACGGAUCUGUCUCAAGAAGUAGAGCCUGCUCAUCUCCUUCUUGUACACAUUAUCUGUGUUGGAUUUCCAGUCCAGUCUGUGGUCCAUGGUCACUCCCAGGUACUUAUAGGUCUCCACCUCCUGCCCCAUGAUUUUCAGUGGAGUUACAGUAAUCCUUUCUCCGAAAGUCUAUCACCAUCUCUCUGGUCUUGGUGACAUUCAGAUGCAGGUGAUUCAUGCCAGUCCACACUACAAACCCAUCUACCAGCGCUCUGUACUCUUCCUCCCCUCCCUCUCCCACACACCCAUCAACAGCUGAGUCAUCAGAGAAUUUCUGACAGUGGCAGGACUCAGUGUUGCACUGAAAAUCAGUGGUGUAUAAGGUGAAGAGGAAAGGGGACAACACAGUCUCCUGAGGAGCUCCUAGAUCACUGACCACCACGUCAGACAGGAAGCUGCCCAGAUGGAAAAACUGUGUUACGGCUGUCAACUAAUUACUCCAUCAUGUAUGCAAAUCACCAUGUGUCAUCACCUGGCUGGGACUGGCUACACUACGUCACACCUUCCUCAGCUGCUCCCUGCUUCGCUGCCCUCUGGAUCAACUGCUGCUGCUGAGGCCAUCCUCCACAGAUAAAAAGUCGUGACAUCCUUCAUUCAGUGGCAGCUGUGUUCUGGCUGACAGCUUGCCCACCUUGUUGAGACUCUUGGGGGUUGAAAUACAUGUAGAGAAAUGUACACUGUUGCCCCCUGUGGUCACAGAUUCAGAUGGGUCACAGAUUUUGGUGUAACAUCACUAAUGUAUGUUGUGUUAUGCUCUCAGUUAAUGGUGCUGUUUACUUUGUAGUGCAGUCAGUUAGGAUUUUGUUUGUGUUGGCUUGAAUAUUAAUUAGGUAGCCUGGCCAUUCUGUUUUGUUUAUUUCUUUGAUUUGAGUAGCACCACCCUCCCUUCCCUCCUGUAUUUCUGUCAGUUUACAUUCCACUUGCCACAUAGAACAAUAAAUUCCUGGUUACUCCAUUUUACAUCAUUCUUUAAUGUUACUUCCUCCUUCCCCACUAUUUGCCUGGUUGUAACAGUCAGUGAUCCAGGAGAACAACCCCCACAGCUUCUCACCCCUUUAAAUCUUUUCUAAAGAUGCGAUUGUUUACCUUGGCCUUUGGCUGAGUACAGGCACUUUAUUGGGGUUUUUAUGUUGUACCUUUGUAUGUUCUCCCUUUGUUUUCAUAUUUUAUUGCUUUGUGUAUAAAUGUGCUAUAGAAAUAAACUUGACAUUGACUUGA